UUCUCAGACCAUGUGGUUGAUGAUAAACACAGUUGAUUAUCUCGCCAUGUUAAGCUUUUUGGUUUUUACAUUUGUUCGAUUUUAGUUAGAUUUCUUACCGCGCGCUCAUUAUUAGCUGUCACCAUGUCUGUUUCCGACGAUGUGAAUUUUGAAACCCAGAUUGCGUCUGUUUUGGAUUCACUUGCAAAGGUGGCGGUGGUGGAAAUAACGAAACUGUUCGAGAGUCGCUUCCUUGCUUCGGGAACCACUAUUCUCAUUGAAGGGCGGAGUGAACAAAAUGAAACCUUGCAAACAGUGGACGCUGUAAAAAAGUCUGGCAAAAAAUGUCUUCGCAGUAUCGGAGUUCAAGUGGAUGGGGAAACAACAACGUCCUUAGAGCUACAUGAAAACCCAAAACAGUGCUUGUCCUUGGAGGGAGGCAGUGGUUCUUUGAAUGGGAGCAAUGAGGAGGAGGGUCCUGCACAUCAUAUCCCCCUGCUGAAGGCUAAUCAGCCUGCUGAACUCAAGUGCUCUGUUCUAGAAGAGAAGGUUGUGGAGAUGGUGGAGGGGAUUAGUCUGGAAACAAAAUCUUCAACAACCACUGAGCCAGAAGAAGAACAAGUGAUCUAUUCUGCCACUGUGGAUCCAAUCCACCUUUAUGUUCCUGUUCAAAGCUCCCCAACUAAGCAGAAACCCCAGCCCCUCAAGACAGAAACUGAGAAUGGAAUCAACAUAGAAUGUGAGACUAAAGUCAUCUGCCAAAUGGUCCCAAAGGCAGAGGAGGACAUAACACGACAGCCUACAUGUAAAGAAAAGCCUACCCAGAUGGAGCCCCAGCAGGCCAGUUACAGCACCGCCAAAGGGACAGCCUACAGCCCAUCCUCCUCAGAUGGUGCUUUGGUUCCUGUACAGGCUAAGAGUAAGUUGAAAUUUAUGGGUGUAACAAAUGCUCCCUCUGCUCUAACAAAGAAAAAGGUGGAUGUCAAGCUGGACCAGACAAAGAAGAAGAAGGUGAACUUCAAGCUGGACCAGACAAAGAAGAAAAAGGUGGACGUCAAGCUGGACCAGACAAAGAAGAAGAAGGUGGACGUCAAGCUGGACCAGACAAAGAAGAAGAAGGUGGACUUCAAGCUGGACCAGACAAAGAAGAAGAAGGUGGACUUCAAGCUGGACCAGACAAAGAAGACGAAGGUGGACUUCAAGCUGGACCAGACAAAGAAGAAGAAGGUGGACUUCAAGCAGGACCAGACAAAGAAGAAGAAGGUGGACUUCAAGCUGGACCAGACAAAGAAGAAGAUGGUGGACUUCAAGCUGGACCAGACCUCCUUGGAGCAGAAGUUGACGAGGCCUUGCUCUGUCCAGCUGGUGAACCUGCUUUUGGUGCCCGGAAGAAAGAACUCUGGAGGGAAGAAGGCUAAUGGUAGCAACUGUCAUGACAACAAGAGGUUCCCCAUGCCAAAGGACCUCAAGACCCACCAAGGCCUCCACACGGGCCGACGCCUCUGCUGCUUCACUCAGUGUGGGAACGGUGUCUGGCGGCUGCAAGGGGUCCUCUCCUCAAGCCGCGCCCAUUGCUGCAAGAUCUGUGGGAAGCGCUUCAAGCGCAGGAAGAUCCUGAGGAGGCAUGAGCGCUUCCACACCGGUGAGAAGCCCUACUCCUGCUCCCAGUGCUCCAAAACGUUCGCCCUGCGGAAAAGCCUCCGCAGGCACGAACGGUUCCAUACAGGGCAGAGACCUCACAGCUGCCCCCAGUGUGGGAAGAGCUUUCGUCUCAGGGACAAUCUGAAGGCUCAUCUGCGCUUUCACACUGGUGAGAGACCUUUCACCUGCUCCUUCUGCUCCAAGAGCUUCAGAAUCUUCCGGAAUCUUGAGAAACACAGCAUUGAUCACUUGGGAGCGACAGCGAAAUAGCACAUUUUCCGGCGAAAGACAACUGUGCUAAAAGCAUGAGCAGCCUUUUGUAGGUCACCUUACAAAACUGUCCUACCUCUAACUGAAACUACUGAAUGUCCAUUCCUCAUUAUAACCAACCAUGUUGGUUAUUUUUGAUAAGGUGCUAUGAUGGUAAAUUGCAAUCAGGUUUGGAUUGUCCAGAAUGAUCAUCAGAGUGUAAGCUUCAGUGGACACUGAUGUUGUUGACAGCCAUAAUGUUCUAAUACAGUAAGGGCCUGUUUUCCAGACACAGAUUAUGCUUAAUUUUAAACCAAAAAGUUAUUUCAAUGGAGUUUUUCUAUUGCGCAUGCUGGACUAGGCUUAAAGAGACUCUUCAGGAUUUUGGCAUUGAAGCCCUUUAUCUACUUCCAGAGAGUCAGAUGACCUCAUGGAUACCAUUUUUAUGACUCUGCAUUCAGUUUGAAGGAAGUUGCUAACUAGCACAAUGACUGGAAGUCUAUAGUAACUGCUAGUAGAUAACAGAUUUCCGGUCAUUGCUCUAACGCUAGUUAGAAUUGGCUUGCGAAAAUACACUACAUGACCAAAAGUAUAUGGACACCUGCUCGUUUAUAUCGGAAUGAGAUGGUCAAACUUUACAGUUGGCACUAUGCAUUGGGGCAGGUAGCGUUCUCCUGGCAUCCGCCAAACCCACAUUCGUCUGUCGGACUGCCAGAUGGUGAAGUGUGAUUCAUCACUACAGAGAACGUGUUUCCACAGCUCCAGAGUCCAAUGGUGGCGAGCUUUACACCACUCCAGCCAACGCUUGGCAUUGCGCAUGGUGAUCUUAGGCUUGUGUGCGGCUGCUCGGCCAUGGAAACCCAUUUCAUGAAGCUCCCGACUAACAGUUCUUGUGCUGACGUUGCUUCCAGAUGCAGUUUGGAACUCUGUAGUGAGUGUUGCAACUGAGAACAGGCGAUUUUCACGUGCUUCGGCGGUCCCAUUCUGUGAGCUUGUGUGGCCUACCACUUCGCGGCUGAGCCGUUGUUGCUUCUAGAUGUUUCCACUUCAUAAUAUAAGAACAUAUAGUUGACCGGGGCAGCUCUAGUACGGCAGAAAUUUGACAAAUUGACUUGCUGGAAAGGUGGCAUCCUAUGACGGUACCAUGUUGAAAGUCACUGAGCUCUUCAGUAAGGCCAUUCUACUGCCAAUGUUUGUCUAUUGAGAUCGCAUGGCGGUGUUCUUGAUUUUAUACACGUGUGGCUGAAAUAGCCAAAUCCACUGAUUUGAAGGGAUGUCCACAUCAUUUUGAAUAAACAGUUGAAGUCAGAAGUUGACACACUUAGGUUGGAGUCAUUAAAACUAGUUUGUCAACCACUCCACAAAUUUAUUGUUAACAAACUAUAGUCAGUUAGGAUAUAUACUUUGUGCAUGACAAGUAUUUUUUCCAACAAUUGUUUUCAGACAGAUUAUUUCACUUAUAAUUCACUAUAUCACAAUUCCAGUGGGUCAGAAAUUUACAUAUACUAAGUUGACUGUACAUUUAAACAGCUUGGAAAAUUCCAGAAAAUGUCAUGACUUUAGAUGUUUCUGAUAGGCUAAUUGACAUCAUUUGAGUCAAUUAGAGGUGUACAUGUGGAUGUAUUUUAAGGUCUACCUUCAAACUCAGUGCCUCUUUGCUUAACAUCAUGGGAAAAUCAAAAGAAAUCAGCCAAGACCUUAGGAAAAAAUUGUAGACCUCCACAAGUCUGGUUCAUCCUUGGGAGCAACUUCUAGACGCCUGAAGGUACCACGUUCAUCUGUACAAACGAUAGUACUCAAGUAUAAACACCAUGGAUCCACGCAGCCGUCAUACCGCUCAGGUAGGAGAUGAACGUACUUUGGUGCGAAAGUGCAAAUCAAUCCCAGAACAACAGCAAAGGACCUUGUGAAGAUGCUGGAGGAAACGGGUACAAAAGUAUCUAUAUCCACAGUAAAACGAGUCCUAUAUCGAACAUAACCUGAAAGGAUGCUCAGCAAGGAAGAAGCCACUGCUCCUAAAUCGCCAUAGAAAAGCCAGACUACGGUUUGCAACUUCACAUGGGGACAAAGAUUGUACUUUUUGGAGAAAUGUCCUCUGGUCUGAUGAAACAAAAAUAGAACUGUUUGGCCAUAAUGACCAUUGUUGUGUUUGGAGGGAAAAGGGGGUGCCUGCAAGCCGAAGAAAACCAUCCCAACCGUAAAGCACGGGGUGGCAGCAUCACGUUGUGGGGGUGCUUUGCUGCAGGAGGGACUGGUGCACUUCAUAAAAUAGAUGGCAUCAUGAGGAAAGAAAAUUAUGUGGAUAUAUUGAAGCAACAUCUCAAGACAUCAGUCAGGAAGUUAAAGCUUGGUCGCAAAUGGGUCUUGCAAACGGACAAUGAACCCAAGCAUACUUCCAAAGUUAUGGCUUAAAGACAACAAAGUCAAGGUAUUGGAGUGGCCAUCACAAAGCCUUGAACUGAACUGGGCAGAACUGAAAAAGUGUGCGAUCAAGGAAGCCAACAAACCUGACUCGGUUACACCAGCUCUGUCAGGAGGAAUGGGCCAAAAUUUACCCAACUUAUUGUGGGAAGCUUGUGGAAGGCUACCUGAAACGUUUGACAGAAGUUAAACAAUUUAAAAGCAAUGCUACCAAAUAGUAAUUUUAGUGUAUGUAAACUUCUGACCCACUGGGAAUGUGAUGAAAGAAAUCAAAUCUGAAAUAAAUAGUUUUCUCUACUAUUAUCCUGACAUUUCACAUUCUUAAAAUGAAGUGUUGAUCCUAACUGACCUGAAACAGAAUUUUUACUAGGAUUUAAUGUCAGGAGUUGCGAUAAACUGAGUUUAAAUGUAUUUGGCUAUGGCGUAUGUAAACUUCUGACUUCAACUGUAUAUGCAGAGACAUAAAAAUGGUAUCCAUCAGUUCAUCUAACUCUGGGGAAGUAGAUGAGACUUCAAUGCCAAAAUUAUUCCUUUAAUCUGGGUCUGGAAAUCUGUCUCUAGGUCUUUACACUGUAUUUUGUUGGACAAAACACAAGGGAUCUGGGCUGAGAUUAGUUUGAGAUUAUUUUCAGACCACGAUCUGUGUUCAUGAUACAUAUCAUCACUUUGUUGUAAAUACCAACAGAUUGUUCCUUUUGUAUCUUUGUUUAUAAAUUGUUUUAGAGAUGGGUGUGAAGUUGAUACUUUUAUCUCUAACUCUUACUAAACCAUUAUGCCAAAUACUUUAGUAAUGCAGCAACGUUCUCUCAUUCUUUUUUAUCCGUAUUGCUGUUUUUGUCAGGGAAACAUCCUCCUUACUUUUUCCUUUAUAGAAGUAGAGAAGUUUCUCUAAAAACACAUGACUUAGUUCAAAAUGGGAAUUAUGUUUCCUUUUAAUGUGUAGUGAGAAGUUAUUUCAUAUGUAUUAUGCAAUUAUAGCUGAUGUCUCUGGCUUAUUUUCUGAAGAUAUAAGAAAUAUAUUACUUCAUAGCUUUCUUUGUCAACUAAUUGUAUUCAAUUCUAACCAAAAAUGCUGUAAUCUGUGAUCCAAUUAAAAAACAAACAUGUUUUACUGGAAAAUAGUUUUUGUAAUCUGUGUGGAAAUACUCAUCAAAGGUCUGUGUUUUAUUAUAUGGAUUUUGGUAAGUACUGUAGUAAUCUUGUGGGAAUUCCUGAUUGUUACACAAUCACAGCCACAAGUUGGCCCUUUGUCUGGCAAUA